AUGGGGGAGUCUAUCCCGCUGGCCGCCCCGGUCCCGGUGGAACAGGCGGUGCUGGAGACGUUCUUCUCUCACCUGGGUAUCUUCUCUUACGACAAGGCCAAGGACAAUGUGGACAAGGAACGAGAGGCCAACAAGAGCGCGGGGGGCAGCUGGCUGUCGCUGCUGGCGGCCUUGGCCCACCUGGCCGCGGCCGAGAAGGUCUAUCACAGCCUCACCUACCUGGGGCAAAAACUAGGGGGCCAGUCCUUCUUCAGCCGGAAGGAUUCCAUCCGAACCAUCUACACGUCCCUGCACAACGAGCUCAAGAAGGUGGUGACUGGCCGGAGUGCCCUGGGUGGGACCGCCCCCCACGUGGAGGAACUACUUUCCCACCUGUCAGAGCAGCUCUGCUUCUUCGUUCAGGCCCGGAUGGAGAUCGCAGACUUCUAUGAGAAGAUGUACACCCUCAGCCCCCAGAAGUUCAUCAACGCUGAGGAGCUUGUUGGCCUCUUGGACGCCAUCCUCAAGAAGUACAGCUCCAGAUUUCACCACCCCAUCCUCAGUCCUUUGGAAAGCAGUUUCCAGCUGGAAGUGGACGUCCUGAGUCAUCUCCUGAAGGCCCAGGCUCAGGUCUCGGAGUGGAAGUUCCUCCCGUCCCUGGUGAACUUGCACAGCGCUCACACCAAGCUGCAGACUUGGGGCCAGAUCUUUGAAAAGCAGCGGGAGACCAAGAAACAUCUGUUUGGAGGGCAAUCUCAGAAGGCAGUUCAGCCCCCACAUCUUUUCCUCUGGCUGAUGAAACUCAAAAACAUGCUUCUUGCCAAGUUUAGCUUUUACUUUCACGAGGCACUGAGCCGGCAAACGACUGCUUCAGAAAUGAAAACGUUAACUGCAAAAGCCAACCCAGACUUUUUUGGAAAGAUUUCCAGCUUCAUCAGGAAGUACGACGCUGCCAAUGUGUCCUUAAUCUUUGACAACCGAGGUUCUGAGAGCUUUCAGGGUCACGGCUAUCACCACCCCCAUUCCUACAGAGAGGCCCCUAAGGGUGUGGACCAGUAUCCAGCUGUGGUGUCUCUGCCCAGCGACAGGCCCGUCAUGCACUGGCCCAAUGUCAUCAUGAUCAUGACAGACCGCAUGUCCGAACUGAACAGCUUGGAGAAGGUGGUCCACUUCUAUGAUGACAAAGUUCAGAGCACCUACUUCCUAACCCGCCCGGAACCUCACUUUACCAUUGUCGUCAUCUUUGAAUCAAAGAAAUCUGAAAGAGACUCCCACUUUAUUUCCUUCCUCAAUGAGCUCUCACUGGCCCUCAAGAACCCCAAAGUUUUUGCGAGUCUGAAGCCUGGCUCCAAAGGCUAGCAGGUGGUUUGUGUGAAAGGUUCGCAAGACUGGAAGGUGUGUUCCUAAUUGCUCUAAUGAUCUGCUGUGGUCUGUGAUUAGAGUUUCCAUCCAUUCUUGCUUCUUUCAGAGCUAAAUUAAAGACAAAUCCUCCCUAAUUGUGUUGCACACUUUCUAAGCAAUUAAGGCCAAUUGAAUUAAGUGUCCAAAGAGUAAUCUAGGAAGUGAUCAUGGCUACAAUUGAUGUUGUAGCCAUGGUACAGCAGAGGACCUGCAGCAUUUUCUCCUAUUUUCCUGUUUCACGUAGACUGAAUAUUUAUUAGCCUUUGGCUUUUCUUUGCACCUGUUUUACAUUGUUCUAAUCUUUGUUUAAUGCGAUUCCAAACGCCUUCUCCUCUGCCUCCUUGCAGGACCAGUAAAUGGGGUAAGAUAGUAAAUGCCCUUUUCAGAAUGGUAUGUUUUCUAUAUCAUAAAUUAGCAAGUUAACAUGAAAUUAGUUUUAUGUUUCUCAUCCACUAAUUAAUAUUUUGGAUACCAAAAUCAGUGUCUUGGUGAGAAAUUUCUGUCAGUUAUGGAAAUUGAAGGUGAAUCAGAAUGGUCGCAUAGCAUCAGUUCUAACAGUUCAGAAGGCUCCCAUGACUACUUUAACAGUCACGGGUUCUUUGGGGGUGAUCUACACACAUAACUGCAUUUGCAUUUACCCUUAUAAAUCAGAGCAACUCUUUCACUCUGAAAGUUAGCAUAAGCCAUAACAUGGGGUUUCUUCACUCCUCCCCAUGUCAUCUACUUGGCUUUCUGUUUUUCACCUUUCUCCUGAGACGUAUGUUCAAGUUUGGCUCCACUCCCUGCUUAUUCUUAGGCUGAAAAACCAUGUAGUCUUCAUUUUUCAGCCACUUUUAGACAUUCUUGCAACUUAGUCUGCUUUUCUAAUAUAAGAAUGUUGGUAUCAAUACCUUGUACUUGCUAAACAUCAAUUGUGCAUUCAAAAGACCUCUUCAUAGUUGAGUAAUCCAAUCAGUACUUAAUUUAAACAUCUCUGAACUUGGGUUUCAAGACUGUCUCCUCCAGAUUAUCCUCAGAAGCAGUGAUACAUCUUAACACGUGCUGCCUUAACACUUUCCUUCGGUGGGUGUUCAUGGGGACAUAGAUGGACCCGUGAAGGCUUAACGGGCUAUGGGGAAUUUCACUUCUAGGUUAUUGAUUUAGAAUAAAAAUAAGCCACAAAGAGUCA